UAUUUAUGUAUUAUAUAACUUUGCUUCAAAUUUUCUAGGAAUAGUUUAUGUUUUACGGUUGCUGGAAAUAUUAGCAAGUAUGAAACAGAAAUUUAAAUAAUAAACGUUCCGAAAGUAAUAUCAAAUUAUGAGCAGCAAAAAGAUCUUGUAUAUUGGAGGACUUGCUGAGGAAGUUGAUGAUAAGAUUAUUCAAGCUGCGUUUAUUCCAUUUGGUGACAUUCUUGACAUUCAAAUACCUAUUGAUUACGAAACAUCAAAACAUCGUGGAUUUGCUUUCAUCGAAUUUGAAUUAGCUGAAGAUGCAGCUGCAGCAAUGGACAACAUGAAUGAGAGCGAGUUGUACGGUAGAACGAUACGUGUAAAUAUUGCGAAACCUAUGAAGAAUAAGGAAGGAUAUUCGCGCGCUGUAUGGAAUAGUGAUGAGUGGCUACAAGAACAUGCUGUGGGUGCUGAGAAAAAUGGGACCACAGAGAAUGGUGAUGAAAAAGAAAAAGGAGAAACAACUGAUGAGACAUCUGGUGAACCAGCUGCUAAGAAGAGGAGAAAGAAUCCAAAAUGUUAUAUUGAUGUUAGUAUGAAUGAUCAAUACACUGGCAGGAUUGUUGUGGAAUUGCGUGCUGAUGUUGUACCAAUGACUGCAGAACGCUAACAUAUUGGAAAUGGCUACAGACUUUCCAACAUAUAUAUUUGCUGGGUUAGUUCUGUUAGGUGGGGUUACAGGAUACUUAAAAAGGG